AUGGCUUUUAGACCACCUCGCUUCAGCUGGUCAAAGUCUCUUGGUCUGAAAUGGCAAUACAAUAAAUCAUCCACUUCGACAAUGUAUCAACAACAACAACAAUUUUACAACACACAGUCCAGAAACAUUCUACAACCAUUGUCUAGUGCCAGUCGCAUGGCACAAAUGUCACAACUGACGCAACAGCAACAGCAACAGCAACAAACCAAGAGCCAAAGAAGAUAUUUUAGCUACUACUAUUAUCAGUUCCCCAAGAUACCUAGACCUAAGAGAAGUGUGUUUUACUAUAGCACUUGGUCUAGAAUUGGGAGAAGUGGCGGUGGCGGUGGCGGUGGUAAUGGCGGUAGUGGCGGCAUCACCUACAAUAGCACAGUUAGCGGUAGUAGAUCGUACUACACUUUUACUAGAUUACCGUUCCCUAGAAUCUCCAAAAGACUGUUUUCAACCGCUAAUCAAAAAAUCAAAAACAAGACUCAAAGAAUCCAUAAAAGAUUCUUUUCAAGUGAAGCCAGGUCAAGAAGACAACAACGGAGGAAAUUCAUGAAAUGGUGGACCAUCACCUCGUUAUCUAUUGUGUUGGGUGGGGUUGCAGCCAAGAUCAAGUACGACCGUAGUGAGGAACAUGAAAAUCCAUACAAGAUCAGACCUCACUCUUGGCAAUUGUAUGCGUAUUCAACUCUCCCAUUGAAGACAAUGUCACGUUUAUGGGGGUAUGUAAAUUCUAUUGAUUUGCCUGUGUUUCUUAGAUCUCCAUCGUACCGUCUAUAUUCAGCCAUUUUUGGAGUCAAUUUGGAGGAAAUGGAAAAUCCUGACUUGAAAAGCUACAAGAACUUGUCUGAGUUUUUUUACCGAACCUUGAAACCAGGAGUACGUCCAAUUGCCGAUGAUGACUUGGUUAGUCCUGCUGAUGGUAAAGUUUUGAAAUUUGGUGUCAUUGAUCAAGGAGAAAUUGAACAAGUGAAGGGAAUGACUUAUUCCAUUGAUGCGUUGUUGGGGACUACAUCGACUAGGAAGUUGGCUGCGCCUACACACUCUACGCAAUUUGAUGACGAUGGCAGUGAUGACGAAACCAAGAUCAAGAGAGAUGAAGAGUUUGCCAAAUUGAAUGGAAUUUCGUACACUGUGGAUGAUAUCCUUGGAGGUGAAAGUGAAAACACUAGCCACAUGAAUGAAUUAAGCUACACUGAUGUUAAAGAAGGUACGGCAAAAGGUGAUAGAGCUUCCUUUACUAAAGAGUUGGCGGUAGCUGAAGAAUUGGCCCCCAAUCCACUGGAGAGCUUCCGUCAUAAACAAUUGUAUUUUGCUGUUAUAUACUUGGCGCCAGGCGACUACCAUCAUUUCCAUUCCCCAACUAGCUGGGUGGCAACUUUGCGUCGUCAUUUUAUUGGAGAGUUGUUUUCAGUGGCUCCAUUUUUUCAAAAGACGUUACAAGGUUUAUUUGUGCUUAAUGAGAGAGUAGCCUUGUUGGGAUAUUGGAAGUAUGGGUUUUUCUCAAUGGUACCAGUGGGGGCAACAAAUGUCGGAUCAAUUGUCGUGAAUUUUGACAAAGAUUUGAAAACAAAUCUGUAUUAUGAAGAGGAAGUGUAUGGAAAUGGGCAACCAUCGUUUUCCUAUUCUUCUUCUGCCUCUUCAACUACAUCUGCUCCAUCCACAUCUGGAUCGGCUCUGGAAACCACCCCCUUAUUGCAACGAGAAUACUCAGCAUCGACGAUUUUUCAAGAACUUGAAGAACGCAAACGCAAGAAAUUGAAAAAGAACACCGUCUAUGAAGCAACUUAUACUAAUGCAAGUAGGAUUUUGGGCGGAUAUCCGUUGUCUAAAGGACAAGAAAUGGGUGGGUUCAAGCUUGGUUCAACUGUGGUUUUAGUAUUUGAGGCUCCUGAUAAUUUCAAAUUUGAUCUUAACGUCGGUGAUAAAGUCAAAGUGGGUCAAUCUUUGGGGAAAUUUGUGUAA